AUGUAUUGCGACACCCAGUCCUGUGUCUAUGAUCCAAACUCAGACCACCGGCGGAAGGGCGUCUACAAGAAGGACAUUGAUAACCUGAGAACGCGAAACACAACCUUGCAGACCAUCAUUCACGCGAUACUAAACUAUGACGAUGAUGAUGUGUACGAAUUGGUGCGCCAGAUACGGUCCUGUGACAACUUGGAGGACGUGGCAGAUGCCGUCACCGCCCGGGAAAGGGGCCUGACGACCGUUCAGAACCAACCGGGGCCAACCGAAGAAGAAGACCUUCCAGAGGCGGAUCAGUUCGAGGCCGAAUUGGCUGGUAAGAUGAGCGAAUUGAUGCUGGAUGGUUCCGUCAAAUUCAUCGGUGGCACGUCAAACCUCAUCUUCCUCCCCUCUGAAUCCGAAUCAGAUGACUCGAAUACCUUGGCGAAUAAUACCAGUGCUUCAAACUUUUCUGUAGCUCAGUGGACCAGAGUCACAGACGACGAGAAAUUGGUCGGGCAUCUGAUGACAAUGUAUUUCACAUGGCAUUAUGCCUACUUCACCACGCUUCCGAAACACCUCUUUUAUCGAGAUUACGUCCGUGGCCGCUCCAGUCAGUACUGUUCCUCUUUGUUAGUCAACGCAAUGUUGGCUCUGGGCUGCCAUUUCAGUUCAUGGAAAGGUGCGCGGGAGAAUCCCGACGACUCGGCCACGGCAGGGGACCACUUUUUCAAGGAGGCGAAGAGGUUGAUCCUCGAACAUGAUGAACACGAGAAAGCCAAACUCUGCACUGUCCAGGCUCUUGCUCUCAUGUCCGUUCGAGAGGCCGGAUGUGGCCGCGAGGGCAAAGGAUGGGUGUACAGCGGCAUGAGCUUUCGCAUGGCUUAUGACUUGGGUUUGAAUGUCGAUGUCACGAUGCUUGGCACAAACAAGCUCACCGAGGAAGAAAUUGAUGCAAGGAGGGUAACCUUCUGGGGUUGCUUUCUCUUCGACAAGUGCUGGUCGAACUACCUUGGCCGUCAACCACAGUUGUCGUCAUCUAAUAUCGCUGUACCGAAGUUCGAAGUGUUCCCAGAGGAAGAUGCAGAACUGUGGUCGCCUUAUACGGACUCUGGCGCGGUCCAGGAACUUGCACAGCCGGCGCGGACUAGAGCAGUCGCGCUGCAGAUAUCCAAGUUGUGUGAGAUCAGUAAUGAUCUCCUAGCCUUCUUCUAUCAUCCGGCGCCCGUGCAGAAGCAGCCUUCGCGGCAGGUGGAGUUAAAGAAACUGAGCGAUGUCCACACCAGGCUGGAAGCUUGGAGGAGAGCUCUUCCGGCAGAAAUGGAACCGAAGGAAGGACAACUUCCACCUGUACUUCUCAUGCAUAUGUUCCACCAGCUCUUGUUCAUCCACCUGUAUCGCCCCUUUCUGAAGUACACCAAGUCGACGUCACCGCUACCGCAGCAUGUUUCUCCUCGAAGAAUAUGUACACAAGCCGCGUCUGCUAUAUCCAAGCUCCUCCGGAUGUAUAAACGCACCUACGGCCUGCGUCAAAUUUGCAACAUUGCAGUGUAUAUUGUUCACUCUGCUUGUACGAUUCACCUCCUGAACCUUCCAGAAAAAAAUGCCAAGAGAGAUCUCAUCCACGGCCUCCGGAAUCUCGAGGAGAUUGCUGAAGGCUGGCUUUGUGCCCGUCGGACCCUUCGCAUCCUGGAUAUUACUGCGAAUAAAUGGCGUAUUGAAUUACCUGAUGAAGCGGUAGCCGUCUUCCAGAGAACAUACGCGAAAUGGGGAUCAUGGGGCGCGUGGGAUCAUGGCUCAUCCCCCGCUACUUCGGAGGAGUCUCCAACGAUGGGAAAGUCUAACAUUUCGUCGACCGCACAUGCCAGCCAUUCCAGAGAAAGUGACUUCUCUACUUCCGUAGAGCAGCAGCAGCAGCGGUAUGAAUCUCAGCCGCCUGCCAGCAGCGUUCCUUUAGCAUCUACCUCUCCAGCGUUCCAGCCUCCUCUCUUCUCUAACAUAUCUCAUUUAUAUUCGGCAGGACCCGAUCACCGUUCCUUCAGCAGCUAUGCUCAACAGCCUCCUCAAACUUCUCUUCCGGUAUCAGGCUAUGUUAGGCCAGAGUCAGGGAUCGUCUCUCCUCAGUCUACUGCUCUACAGCAGUCACAACAGCAAGACGUGUGGAGCAUUGGCCAAGAUCUUCCAUGCAAUAAUUCCAACAGCAGCAAUAGCCCAGCGACUCUAACUGGUACGCCUCCGAUGCCGAUUUUCAACGGCAUUGCAGAUAACUCGAUGGAAGAAAGCCAAGAGUGGUUGCUGCAAGACCAAAGUGCGCUCGCACUUGGGCUAGAAAAUUGGGGAGAGGGCUGGGUAGGGAAUCAUUUUGGCAUGGGGAUCGAUGUGGCGCCGCCAUCACAGCCACAACAUACAACAACAACAACAACCAGCGCCAGCAUGCCACCACCGUCGGAAAGGACAAUGGCCGAUCUGCAGAUGCCAGGCGGGACCUGGAACGAGCAAGACUGGGUACGGUUAUCCACACAACCUUGA